AUGUCGUCCAGGCACCAUGCAGGGGUCCUACACCCCGAGUCCAUUUUUCUUUUCCUUUCUAGUUAUGAAAAACCUCCUCCGGGGCUUAUCAAGGAAGAUGAGACUAAGCCGGAAGACUGUAUACCAGAUGUACCAGGCAACGAACAUGCCAGGGAAUUUCUGGCUCACGCACCAACUAAAGGACUUUGGAUGCCACUCGGGAAAGAAGUCAAAGUUAUGCAGUGCUGGCGUUGUAAGCGGUAUGGUCACCGAACAGGCGACAAAGAAUGCCCUUUUUUUAUCAAAGGCAACCAAAAAUUAGAACAGUUCAGAGUAGCACAUGAAGAUCCCAUGUAUGACAUCAUACGAGAGAAUAAAAAACAUGAAAAGGAUGUAAGACCGCUGAGCCCAUAA